GAUAAUCUUGACAUUUAUACCAGUUGUUUACCGGGGGUUUACACCGGCACAACCUGGCGCUCUGGCGCUCUCUUCAUUAUUUCGCUAUCAUGUCUGCACUGGAAAUACAGUCCCAACACUAUACCUUCGAUCCACGCCCAAACUACCCCUUCCUCAUCACAGCCAAACGUUACUGGGUCGACGGUCCAGCUGUUAAUGAUGCAACAGCCUCCACUCUUAUCCUUGCGCAUGCGGUUGGGUUCUCUAAGGAACACUGGGAGCCAACCUUAGAAUACUUAUUCGAACAUCUCGGGCACGGAAACCAUCGUAAUAAGAUCAGAGAAGUGUGGUCCAUUGACGCGCCAAAUCAUGGCGAUGCAGCUGUUCUGAAUGAGGAAACACUGCAGUGGGGAUAUCAGCCUAUAUUCCGAUGGGACGAAUAUGGCCGAAGUAUACACGCUUUCUUAUCCGGACUAGGCACUGGAGUAGAUGUCGAUUUCAGUAAGCAUAAUCUGGUCGGUAUAGGCCAUUCCAUGGGCGCUAUCUCAGUAGUGCUGUCUACGACAUACUAUCCCCUAGUCCAUUAUACCUCAAUACAGCUCAUAGAGCCUAUGUUUAUAGGAUACGAGUGGAGUAAAGCCAGGGGUAACUUCCUUGAAGACGGCGCCAUGAAGAGGAGAGAUAUUUGGCCUAGCCAAGAGGAGGCAUACACAAUUUUGAAAAGCAGGGCAUCAUUCAAGGUUUGGGAUGACAGGAUUUUGCGACUGUACGUUAAUCACUGUUUGCGUCCCUUGCCGACAUUGGAUUAUCCAGACAAAGUAGAAGGGGUCACUCUCAAGUGUAGUAAGGCACAGGAAGCGGCCACAUACAGGGACACAUCCAGUCGAGUCGUGGCACACAAACUUCUACGCUCGUUGAUUAAACGUGUUCCAACUUACAUCACUUACGGCCUUAUUGACGACUAUGUUGCUCCAGCUGUGAAGGACGACGUCCUUCAUAACGCUUCUGGGGGGAUUGAAAACUAUGCUUCUGUUAUUAGAGUUAAAGACACGGGCCACCUUAUUGUCCAGACUAACCCUCGAGCUACGGCAGAGGUAAUAAGGGAUGCAUUACUCCAUACCAUUAAACACGUAACGCUAUCUAAGCUGUAAAAUACCUUUCUCGAUAACUUAACAAGUACCCUGGUUUGAGUGACUACUGUGAGGACGUUGUUCUCGUAGUGACUAUUAUCGAU